GCUUAAGUAAAAUAUUAAUUUAUAUUUAUUACAUUUAUUCAACAAAUAUUUUUCUUUGCGCUUUUGACAUUUUGGGGAUUAUCUACUAAAAGCAUAAGUGUUGGAGCUGUAUAAACACGGAGGGGUUCUUGUUUCUUGUCGGAAGAGAAAGGCUAAAGGAGUUUGGAACCCCGAAGUUGAACAUAGAGCUUCCCCUCGAUGCUGUUUUGACAAAAUGUUUGGCUUUAACACAUUUCUAAGGCCAACAUUUGUCUUCCUGUUAGUGAAGUGUUGCCUGGUUAGUUGUGAUAUAACGGACGGGAACGCGGAACAUCUUAAGAGGGAGCACUCACUGACAAAGCCUUACCAAGGUGUUGGAAGUCAGUGGGAUUUCUGGGGAAGCACACUGGUGACAAGCUCAUAUGUCCGACUUACUCCAGAUGAGAGAAGCAAGCAGGGAUCCAUAUGGAAUACUGUGCCUUGUUACCUGAAGGACUGGGAGCUGCAUGUGCAGUUUAAAGUUCACGGAUCAGGAAAGAAGAAUCUCCAUGGAGACGGCAUUGCCAUCUGGUACACGAAGGAUAGACUCCAUCCAGGGCCUGUGUUUUCCAACAAUGCUCACUUCCACGGACUGGCCGUUUUUAUAGAUACUUACUCUAAUGAUGAGUCGACGGAUCGCUCCUUCCCUUACAUCUCAGCUAUGGUGAACAAUGGCACAGUGAAUUAUGAUCAUGGGAAAGAUGGCCGUUCAUCGGAGCUUGGAGGCUGCUCAGCUGACAUCCGAAACCGAGACUUUGACACAUACCUUGCUAUCCGUUAUUCCAGAGGAAGAUUGACUGUGAUGGUUGAUGUGGACGACAAGAACGAGUGGAAAGAGUGCAUCGACAUUGGAGGUGUGCGUCUCCCUACUGGAUAUUACUUUGGUGCAUCAGCAGCAACUGGAGACCUCUCAGAUAAUCAUGACAUCAUCUCUAUGAAGCUGUACCAGCUGAUGGUGGACCACACCCCAGAGGAAGAGAACUUGGACUGGACUAAAAUCGAGCCCAGUGUCAACCUUUUUAAGUCCCCCAAAGACAACAUUGAUGAUCCUACUGGAAACUUCCGUGGCACGCCCCUCACAGGUUGGAAGGUGUUCCUGCUUCUGCUGUGUGCUCUGCUUGGAAUCGUUGUGUGUGCAGUGGUGGGAGCUGUGGUUUUCCAGAAGAGACAGGAGAGAAACAAGAGGUUCUACUGAACAUAGAUGCAACAUAGACAUUUACAAUGACAGAACGAGCACAUACAAUGUGAAAUUUUGCUGAAGAUUGUACAAAUGUUUAUAACUUUUAAAGCACUGAGUAACAAAUGAAUAUCGGUAAUGAAAAGGUGGAGGAUGCUUGUUGAUGUCAACAUUUACCCUGAAUGGAUUUUUUUUUCCUUUUAUGUAUCCUCAUGCUUUGAUAGCAGGGCAAAAGUAGAUUUGAACAUGGAAUUCAGUAAAGAAUUGUCACCA